GCCAGCGGCAGCCGGAAAGGCCUCCCUGCGGCCGCCCCACCUGAAGCCGGUGCAAGGCAGGAAAUUGCCGGGCGGUGAGAUCACGCAGCAGAGGCGCGCAGGUGUCGCCAGCCGGCUCCCGCGGGAGGGCCCAGAAGUCUCGGCGCGAUGCGGGGCAAGGACGACGAGUACGACUACCUGUUCAAGAUUGUCCUCAUCGGGGACUCGGGCGUGGGCAAGAGCAACCUGCUUUCCCGCUUCACCCGGAACGAAUUCAACCUGGAGAGCAAAAGUACCAUCGGGGUGGAGUUCGCCACCCGCAGCAUCCAGGUGGAUAACAAGACCGUGAAAGCGCAGAUCUGGGAUACAGCGGGUCAGGAGCGCUACCGGGCCAUUACUUCCGCUUACUACCGAGGAGCGGUUGGCGCCCUUCUUGUUUAUGACAUUGCCAAGUACUUGACCUAUGAGAACGCAGAGCGCUGGCUCAAGGAGCUGCAGGACCACGCAGACGCCAACAUUGUCAUCAUGCUUGUGGGCAACAAGAGCGACCUGCGACACCUGCGGGCCGUGCCCACUGACGAGGCCAAGAGCUUUGCAGAAAAGAAUGGAUUGUCUUUCAUAGAGACAUCAGCUCUGGAUUCCACCAACGUGGAGACAGCCUUUCACAACAUCCUGGCAGAAAUCUACCGGAUUGUAUCCCAGCGGCAACUUGCAGGCGGGCAGCCUGAGGCAGAGUUCAGCCACGGCACCACCAUCGAGCCCAUCAAAGUCUUGCCCACCCACCAGGAAGGGAGACAGGCCCCUUGCUGCCAGAACAUCUAACCUGGGUGGGAAACCAUCGUGGGGUGAGGACACAGCCCAAAAACCACCAGGUGCCUUCCCUGUACCCCUGGGAAAAGACAGGUGCCAGGCCCACCCAGUGCCCAUCCUCCGUGCUCUGUAUCAUGCACACCCAUUUCUCCACACUGCUUGAAGCUCCCCAUUUGCUCCAGCCGAGGCCCCCUCUGGCUGCCAGUCCUGGAUUCUCCUUAGGGAGGCUGAGCUUCAGCCUCCGAUGAAGCCACCGACAGAUCCUGGGGCGGGGGAGGAGGAAGCAUGAAGGAGGCUGCUGAAGGCCCCUUGAGUUCUUGCAGAAAGGUUCCCAACUCCUUUGCCCCCUUGGCUUGUACGGAGUGGCUCUCUCUGGCCUGCCAGGUGGUCCACCGAUGCCUUGAGGGAGACCUCCAGAGAGCCCUGGAGCACGUUGGUCCUCAAGGGUCCAUCCUCCUGGGUGGCUGCGUGUGCUGCCAGCAGAGCAAAGGGUAUCUGCUCUUAUGACUUCUGCCAAGGCCGCUCAGGAAGGCUACUUUGGAGGAGGGGGCGCCUCUUUAAAAUGGGUCACUUUCCUCAUAUGACCCCAAGUUCUUUGGACAAUUUGAGCUGGUUUAAAAGUCUCUGGUGCUGCCAGGGAGCGCCCUCAGUCUCAGACACUGUAGGUUGGUUUAGCUGCUGGCACCCGCAGAGGAAGAGCCUGGCCUGCAGAUCCCCUUCAGCUGGGCACCCCCCUGAGUCCACAAGGAGUGAGAUUUCCCUCCGAGGACUGGAAGUUUUGGGUGUGUCUGCCUGCAAAAAUGCAACUCGCUGGUCCAGCUUGACUUCUAAAUGCUGGUACCUACAGUUCAGGAAGCCACUGGUUGUCGUAGAAAUCUUCCCGGGGAUCAGGUCCUUGUUGCUUACGUGGAUUUGAAUCUCACAAACAGACGUCCCCACCAUCCUACCUCAUCUCCCUCCUUUUCCCUCUGUUAGGAUUGGGUUCUUUGUGUCUUGCAAACAUUCUCAGAGGUGGUUCUGGAAAGAGUGGGUGACUGUUCCCACAUUCUUGCAGAAUUUGCGCCUGGACAAAUGGAUUCUUGUGGGGUCCAGGAGAGUCCUCGUUUGGAGGGCUGCUUUCAAUAAUCCACAGAUGGUAAACAUCAGAGCACUUUAAUGGUUGUUCUCCAAGCCUCCAAGCCUUGCCACCAGAGUUUUAUCAUGGUCUUGCUCCAAUUGUAACCUUUGUGUAAAUAAUAAAACGGGGGAAUUUUAAUGUG